AUGGACGAGCGCAACUGCUUGAUCUCCGGAUUUGUCGCCGUCAUGCACGACGAAAUAGGGGACACGAUCGAGCUGAGGGCGAAAGUUCUCAAUUCAAGGAGGAGCAGCUACUCACCUGAGCGACUCGCCAUUUCCUCUCGAACUUGGCAAACUGUCUAUGAAUCGGGCGCUGAUGAGUGGAUGGAUGCCAGUGGUGUGCAAAGGCUGCUCCAGCAGCGAGGGAUUCGUUUUCAGGACUCGAGCUCGCCUCUCUCCAAUCCCUGGUUCAAUUCGGCUCCGCAGCUCAACGCAGCGCGCUUCAUUAAAUAUCUUUCCCUCUGCACUAUCUGUCUCGGUUGCGGACCAGCGUUCCGAAAGCGCGAUGUUGAGAAUGCCAUUCGCCUUGCAACUCUUGAUGAUCCUUGGGCGGUUGACCCUGUGUACGAAAUACCAUGA